AUGGCCACAAGAAGCUCAGCCAGGACCAAAACAUCCUCCACUGUACCAGCUUCAAGUACUCGCACCACAAGGGCAAAGGCUGGGACCACCACUACAACGAAAGCCACAACUCCGCCUUCGUUGCCUGUACCACCGCCGCCAAAGAAAACCGCCAGCAGAAAGCCACUAGCUAGUCGUGGUAAUGCAGAAGACGCAUCUGAUCUUCCCAGCAAACCACCCUCUAAAUCCACAACAGUCACACGAAAAGCUGGUAAGGCAAAUGCGAAUGCCGCAGAUAUUGAGCGCGAACCAAUCAUGGCCUACCUCAGGAUACGACCGAACGUGAACGAAGAUGACGAAGUUUCACCUUAUCUCACCCAAUUAACCGACAAGAGCGUUCGCAUGACGGAUCCGAACCAAGAGCAUCAGAACCCAUCCUCGCGAUUUCGUUCAUCCGCUGUAACACCAUCAUCCACUUACACUUUCUCCCAUGUCUUUCCUCCAAAUACGAUGCAAGGCGAAUUCUUUACCAGAACAACUCUUCCCCUUGUUCGGGACGUUCUUGAAGGGCAGAAUGCAUUGCUUUUCACUUAUGGAGUUACAAACUCGGGUAAAACGUACACAGUACAAGGAGGCUCAAGUGCAGGAAGCGCAGGCAUUCUGCCAAGGUCUUUAGAUGUCAUUUUCAACAGUAUUGAAGGAUUACACGGUAGUGGCAAGUAUCGUCCCGUAAGGUUAUAUGGUGUUGAACUGGCGGAUGCAUCAGAUCUCAAACCUCCAUCGACCAUACCGGAACCCGCAGUGGCACAAGUCCUGGGUUCACAAAUGAGCGACUCCGCCUCUGAAACGGAUAUGGACGUUGAUACGACUGCGUUGAAACUUGACCGAAACUAUGAGUACACCAUAUGGCUCUCGUACGCCGAAGUAUACAAUGAAAAGGUGUAUGACUUGCUCGACUCUGUACACGGUGAAACUUCGCGUGUAAAGCCUUCUGCCAUCCCUCGACCCGGAGCCGCAUCCUCACUUGUCCUUACUCGUAAUGCGCUUCCCGUCAAGUCCUCCCCUUCCUCCGAUAAUUCUGAUUCCGAGAUUGGUGGAAAAUAUAUCUUUGGUCUACGUCAAUUUCGCGUUGAAACUGCGGCUCAAGCAAAAGAGUUGCUCAGACUUGGGCAGCUUCAUCGUCGCGUUUUUGGCACCCUUGCGAACAAGGAAAGUAGUCGAAGUCAUGGUAUGGUGACCUUGAAAAUCAUGAGAUGUCACCGCGGAGAGAAAAAUGAUCCCACUGCCAUACAAAUCUCACGAUUCACUCUUGUGGAUCUUGCAGGUUCCGAACGUACGAAACACACUCACACUACCGGUGACCGACUCAAAGAGGCAGGGAACAUCAACAACUCUCUCAUGGUCCUCGGUCAGUGUCUCCAGGUCCUGCGUACCAACCAGCGUAAGGUCGCUGUGAGUCUUUCACAAGAAGGGGAAGGGAGGGCUGGUAGAGUCGAUACACGAGACGUCAAACAGACUUUGACCAUAGUUCCCUUCCGACACAGUAAGCUCACAGAAAUUUUGAUGGAUUACUUUGCUGGAGAUGGUCGGGUUGUCAUGAUAGUCAAUGUCAACCCAUACGAUACGGGAUACGACGAGAAUUCACACGUCAUGAAGUUCGCUGCACUUGCUCGGGAGGUCUACGUCAGUCCGACACCUGCACCUGUUCAGCGUGUACCCACAGUCGGACCUGGUAAAACUACAGGUAAAACGAUCAAGCAACUCGGUCCUUUGACCUUGAACGAUCCAGAUAUUGCGCCAAAGCCUUUCAGCCGCAAGGUCACGAUCUCGAUUGACGGGAAUAGCAAGAGUGGUCGAAAAGCUAGUGAGGCAGUGUUGCAGGUCCUCGAAGUCCCUGAACCAGAAGAUGAAACUGGCGAAGAAGAACAAGCGGAUGAUGUGCCCAUCAACCCACUUGUGGAUGCUUUGUUCGAUGAGAUCGAAUAUCUUCGCCUCCAGCUGUACGAAUCAGAAAUGAGAUGUGCCUUGGUAGAGGCUGAAGUCCGUGACGAAGUUAUGAGGGAGAUGGAAACACGAAUGGCCGACAUGGAGGAUAUGUACACUCGACGUCUUACUAAAGAGAUUGAACAACACGAAGCGAAGACUGACGCCAAACUCGAUAUGCUACAACGAACCGGAUUUGGCAGUCCGGUCAAGAAAGCCCAACCGCAGCGUUCUCGCAUCGACUGGAGUGAAGACGAGGAAGAAGACGUACAGGAAGAUGAGGAAGAAGGCGAUUCAUCAGAACAUUCCUCCGGUGAAGAAUUCGACUUUGAUGAUGAUAAGGACUCUGAGGUAUCUGGUACAUCUCCUCCCACAAAGAAAAGCAAGGUAAUUGCAAAGUCUUCAACAACGAAAAGACAGAGCACUGCGUCCCAGAAAGUUCACGAACCAAGGCCGGCUAUUCCUGAUGGACCUAUGCUUCCUUCCGACUCAGAGGAUGCGGAGAUGACGGGUACAGAGACUGGAGACGAGACUGGAAAGGAAGAAGGUGAUGAGGAUGAUGAUGAGGAAGAAGGUGAUGAGGAAGAGGAGGAAGAGGAGGACGGAGCAAGCGUUCAUACCAGCGAUUCUGGAAACGGGGACGAUGACGAAUGGGCCCCUUCUGCCCCGACACCCCGGGCAGUAAAACCUCCUCCACGCGCGUCGAGCCCGUCACCGACACGUCCUAAAAUUCCACAACCCAAAUUCUUAACGAGCCGAAACCGCAUCUCUGCAGUGGAACAGGGAAUGAGGAACAUGGAUCUCAAUGACGAUUUGGAUGACGGCGAUUCCAUGAUUAUUCCAUCAAGAAAGUCUCGCGAAAGACAAGUCAGCGGAAGCGGUCCUAGGAAAGUCAAGAGGUAA